AUGAGGGCACAUAAGACCGCAAUCAUGUGGAAAGCCAAGCCAAAUAAAACAAUUAGCGGAGAAAAUGAGCGGAAGCAGUUUGGGGAACGAAAAAUGUCGCACGUAAACUUAGUCAAAGGACUAGUGGUGGUCUUUCUGGCCUUUCUGGUAGCUCAAACCCUUUCGGAUUGCAAUGUCUGUCAAUCGAAUCAAGUGGCUUGUGUCAACUCUUCCUCAUUUUAUUUGUGCUUUGGCGAUGGAACCCCUCAUCGUGACCAGCUGUACCACUGCCUAGAAGGCUUCGACUGCACCAAUCUCACGGCGAUUUGUGUUCAGAAGAGCAGCCAGCGUCCUCCAAGUUGUGGGGACACCUCGCAAUGUGGCCAGUGCAAUGCCAAUCGCAACUAUCUGUUUGCCUGCCAGAGUCGGGGAAUUUUCCAGAUGUGCUACGGGGCCACUAGACCCACGGGAAAAUUCGGCUACUGCCCCUCGGGAACCGUUUGCGAUGCCACCAGCACUUCCAUCUGCGUGCCCGAGGUCGAGGGACAGACUCUGACCUGUGACUUAAAUGAUGAGCUCGUGGACACCACCACGGCAGCGUCAGUUACUACCUCUGAGAGCACCACUGAAAGCACCACUCAAAGCACCACUGAGACCACCACUGAAAGCACCACUGAAAGCACCACUGAAAGCACCACUGAAACCACAGUGGUCAGUAGCACCACUGAAGCAACCACUACAGUGAGUCCUCUAACACCCGCGCAGAUGUGCAGUCAGAAAAAUGCCACCGGACUUUUCACCACCAUUCCCGAGGAUCCCUAUUGUCAGCGCUACAUUAGUUGCUACUUCAAGAACAACGUGCUUAUCAAAUCAGCGGAAUACAAAUGUUCUUCGGAUUCCUACUUCGUUUCCCAGCUCCAGAGCUGUGACUACUACAAUCCAGGCAACUGUCUUUCAAGUUAAGCCCAC